AGCUAUUUUGGUUGUGCGAAAAUUGUUUAUUUUACCAAAAUGGAAAACAAAAAGCAUGUAUUUACGCCUGUAGAGAAGCGGGUGUUUAGAGAUAUUGUUAAAACUUAUCUGACAAUAGUAGAAAACAAAGGUACGGAUGCGGCGUCGGCCCGCACCAAAAACGAAGCUUGGAUCCGAGUGGCAGCGGAAUUCAACUCUCAUCCUAGUAUUACGUAUAAUAAGGUCACAAGUAAACAGCUGAGAAGGUUGUGGGCAAAUCUCAAGCAACGACAGAAGGAAUUCACUCGACGUAUAACAAACCCAGACCCACUGUCAGACCAAGGCGAGCAAGAUCUCUACGCUCCGAUAAUAAUUAAAAGUACUCCUAGCUUUAACACAGAUACAGCGAAAUCAGAGAACAGUUCAGAUUUCUCCCUGCCCAGUCACCACCGUCACACACCAGAAACAAACUGUCAAGGCCAAAGCACCACCCCGAUCCCAAUUAUACCAAAACUCCUCAGUUUUGGAAGUAUACCCAAUGGAAAUAGUGACGAUGAAGAUAAAGAUAGGGAAAGGAGGGAUAGAUUAAGGAGGGUGAAUGAGAUUCAUGAUAUGGAGAUGCAAAUUUUGAGGGAGAGACUGAGAGAAGCGAAAGCGAAGGCCGAUUUAGCUGAAUUGGUGUUGACGAAACACAAAAAUGAUGGAGGUCAGCCCCCAACAAGAACAGAUUACGAAGGCAAGAGACAAGAAUUGAAUGUGGAUUUUUCACCAAACGAAUGAAGGAACAAACUAGCAAUAUUGUAAAUAUAGUAUUAUGAAGCUAGUUGUGUGGAUUGUCCAAUGGUUUGUUACUUUUGAAACUGUCCAUCCAAAGUGCCCAAAUAAAACUUGGUCUGGACUGGUUGGGUUAUUAGCGGUGGUCAAGCUGUAGAUCCUGGCUAACCAGGAGUGGCAGCGGUGGGUAUAGGGACUAUUCCCCAAUAAACGAAUUAUAUAAAUGUGAGCUCUCAAACUAGGAAUACAUGUCACUUAUCUAAAAGAUAGUUGUUUUACCAUUGUUUUAUAAAGUUGUAUAUUUUAUGUUACUUACAUGUCAGAUAAUUUUCAGGCGCAUAUCUCAAUCUCUGAUGUCAGAGUGACGUGUUAAUUAACUAAUUAGCCUAGUAUAGCCGGGAUGCCCUGCAAUAUUUCACAAACUAGCUGGUAUUCCUUGCUAUGUCACUGUCAAAAGUAUAUUGCUGAAUAAUAUUGCUCUUUCAAAAACAACGUUUUGAGCCGAACGUUAGUGGCGCGUAAGCCUAGAAAGGCCACCGACUUUUUGUUGUUUACACCUGGUUGCAGAACCGCACAUGGAACGGAGUGUCCGUUUUAUCCUUUUUUGUUAUAAAAAUGACAAUUACCAACAGUUGUCUGGUACCCAAAGUACAAGUUUUGUAGAGCGGUUUCACACUGCGUCCGAUCAGAAUCCGUCAAACGGAUCCAAGAAACUACCAGAGAGAGGAUCUAGUGCGUAAACCUACCAUACACAUAGCUCUACGACUACUCCAGACUUCACGGAAUCGGAUCGGAGGUAUUGCGAAACCAGUCUUAUGUGAGGGCUUGCAAACGCACGACUGACGUCCUGCUCAAACCGUCUUAUUUGAAAGAGCCCUAACACCGGUUCCUGACCAAGAUCUAAGCUAAGUUAGUCAGCUUAGCUCGCAUUGCGAACAAAUUUUAAUGUCCAAGUUAGGAAAAUAACUCGCGGCUCCGUUUCAUUGGGCUCCGGUGGACACCGUCGGGUUUUAAUGGGUAGGUCCCGUCUUUAGUGAGCAGGCAGAGAGAGUCCCACAUAACCCAUUGGCCGUCCCCAUCGACCAGUAUGCGCAAAGCAUUUACCGACGUUAAAAAACCAAAAACUCACAUACUCAUAGCUGACGCAGUUUCCCAUAGAGUUUGUGUAGUUUUCAGUUUUCACAUAACUAUAGAAAACUUCUGAACAUAGGCCUCCCUCAAUGAUUUCCACAUCGCCCGGUUGGUAGCGGCCUGUAUCCAGAGCCUUCCUGCUACCUUUAUGAAGUCGUCGGUCCAGUCUUGUGGAUCAGUGGACGUCUUGGACGUCUUGUGGCUGAAGUGAUGUUGAUGAUGAUGAUGAAAAACUGCGUCAGGUAUUCGAGCUAAACUAACUUAGAUCUUGGUUUGUAACUAACAUGAAAGGCUCUCUUAUAAGUUACUAUUGCGCCAAAUGUGGCGAUUUUUC